GGAGAGACAGUGAUAAACUUGUAAACAUUACUGUUUCAAGGUGAUUGAAUGUACAUAAACCGUAUUAUAAGUCGUUUGGUGGAUGCAUAAUGGACUAAGGUUAUAAAUUGUUGAUAUGUAUAAUGCUGGACCAAAGUGAUGUUUGCUGAGUCUACAUGUUCAUUACCAUACAAGAUAUUUCACAGAGUUUCUCCUAGCCAGCUUUGCUUUCUGAGGAAAUGUUCAUCACUGGAAUCACAAAAUCAUUACCAGAUUCUGGGGAUAGAUCAAAUGGCGGAUAACAAAGAAAUAAGGAAAGCUUACAUUGCAAAAUGUAAAAAGUUUCAUCCAGAUGCCAAUCCGGGUGACUCCCAGGCCCAGCAGAAGUUCAUCCGUUUACGGGAAGCCUACAGUGUACUGAGUAACCCCGCGGAAAGGGUCAGCUACGAUGUCCGCUUCUACACCCGAACAAAUCACAGGACUUCUACCAAUCGAAGACAUCAUCACACAGAGCACCAGGCAAGGCAUAGACCUGAGGACAUCUACAGACAAUGGACAAACCAUGCCAGACAACAGGAGGAAACGUACGGACAGUGGGCCGAACACCAGAGAAAGUAUGGGGAGUGGAUCAAACAGAAUCAGUGGGAUGGACAGCAGAGAAAGUAUGGGGAGUGGAUCAAAGAGGAUAAAGGUAGACAGAAUUCAAACCAAGAACGCGGAGAAUAUUAUAAUGAAGCCUACUAUCAUCAGAAGUAUUACGACAUGCAGGGGCCCUUUGGCUGUCUUGUGGAUUCUUUCUUUGGGAAUAAAGACUCAAAGCAGGCAUCAUUUCAUGAGAUUUUCCUGUUGUUUACGUUGAUUAAUAUUUUCACCAUCUUGGGAUGUGCUUCUGGGAUAUACCUGAUUAAGGAUAUCACAGAAAGUGCCAGAAAAUGGCAGCAAGUGAAGAAAUAAUAACUCCUAAUAGCUGUGGUGUGACUGUGAGGUACAAAUAUUUGAUUCAUUUGAUGUAAGGUCUCAAAAGAUUUUUUAAGGAGUCAAGAGAACAAGUCCAAUACAAUUUUGACGAUGAAGUCAAAUAAUUUAUAAUCUGUCUAACACUAGUUAAGUUUUGUGUCCAUUUAGUGUGCAGCAACAGGGCAACUUUUUUCAUGAAUCCUAUUGUUAAGUAAUUACUGUUGAAUGUUUAUGGAUUUUUUGGGGGGUCCCUGCUACCCACAAAUUUACAUCCCCAUAAAAGUUCAUUAAGUAAGCAUGAUGAUUCAUUGAAUCUAUUGUAUAAAAGAGUAACCCACAAAAAUAUGUCCCCAAUGACAAGUAAAAUUUUGAUUGAACAUUUGACCCCCGCAAAUUAAAACAAUUCCAAAGUACAUAACCAGUGAAUAAAACUCCUAAUCCAGUGAUGAUAAUUAAUUUUUUUUAUAAAUUCUCCUAUGAAAUAGCACUUUAGU